UUUUAUUUAUUCUCGGUUCUCACGAGGUUAUGAUGUGUGUACAUUUUAAGCGGUUGUGUUGUGUAAUCAAAAUAACAAGAACUUUUAAGUAAUUUUGCACUUAAAUGCGAAAUAAUGUACAAUUAAUUACUGAUCGAUGUUUUGAACGAUUUAUACCUUUAUGUUUACGCAUACGUCGCUUUGAUACCUUUUAACUAGGAUUGUUGUGAGUGCGGUGCGACUAACACAGCAAUGGCCAAAUAUAUAGCGCAGAUUAUCGUUCUGGGAACGCAAAUCGUAGGCCGGGCUUUUGCUCGAGCUUUAAAGCAGGAGAUUGCAGCCUCACAAGAAGCCGCUAAACGAGCCGGGGGUGGAAAACAAGGGCAAAGUCGUGUAGCUGCUAACCUUAGGACUGGGAUGACUUUAGAAGAGGCUCAGCAGAUACUGAAUACAUCAAAACUUGAGCCUCAAGAGAUUCAGAAAAACUAUGAGCACUUAUUUCAGGUGAACGACAAAGCUAAGGGUGGAUCCUUUUACCUUCAAUCGAAAGUUUUCCGUGCUAAGGAGCGAAUAGAUCAGGAAUUGAAAGCUAGCAAACCACCGGAUAACAAACAGGAGAGUAGCGAAACGCAAGAUCAGGGGCAAUCUAAAUAAAUUAUUGUCUAGAGGUUUGUUAAUAAUUGAAAUAAAUUUACAAAAUAA